AUACUCUGUCCGGUCACGUGGCGGCUGCCUGUCACCUGAUUGAACCGAUCAGAUUUCAGCCGUGGCGUGUUGUCCCUGUGAAGCAGACCAAAGAUUGUGAAAGAGUUUCAAAUCCAUAGCUACACUCCAGUGAUGGAGGAUUGCACACUGGAAGAACAACUUCUCCUUCAUGCUAAAGAGGGCAACUGUCCUCAGGUUGAGAGGCUCCUUCAGUCGAGGAUUCACCAAAACAGCUCUCUCAACAUCAACUGCAGAUCUCGUUCGAAAACCUGCUCGGGAUGGACACCUCUUCAUUUGGCCUGCAGCUUUGGACACAGAGAUGUUGUUGAGGAGUUACUGAAGGCAGGGGCUGAUGUGAAUUUGCAGAAUAACCUGGGUGACACACCUCUGCAUAAAGCAGCAUAUGCUGGACGAAAGGAGAUUGUUCUGUUGCUUCUGCGCUAUGAUGCCUGUGCCAACAUAAUCAAUGGAACUGCUCAAAUCCCCAAAGAUGUCACAGAGGACGAUGAAAUCAUUACCAUGCUUGAGGCUGCAGAGAGGAGAGCGGCAAGGCGGCAUGAGGAGAAGCUUCUGGAAGCAGCCAGAGAGGGGGAUAUAUCCACUCUGUCUAAAUUGCUCAAUGGGAAAGAUGCUCCAGAUAUCCACUGCAGGGAUUCAGUGGGUAAUACGCCUUUACACUGUGCAGCCUACAGGGGGCAGAAGCAGUGCGUUAUAAAGCUGCUCAAGUGUGGAGCCAACCCUAGUAUCAAGAACAACAAUGCUCAGACUGCAUUGGACCUGGUUUGCACUGAUGAACUGAAACAGAUUCUAGCAGCCUAUAAAAAUAAGGACAUGAGCAGUGUGGUGCAGAAGAUUGAAGGACCUCUUUGGAAGAGCUCACGCUUCCUCGGAUGGCGUUCCCACUGGGUUGUAGUUGAGAAUGGAACCGUCUCCUGGUACCCUAGACAAGCUAAUGCACUGGCUGGUGUUAGGAAACAGGGCUGUAAGUCUCUUUCACAAGCCUACUGCAUGGUCAAACCAUGGGAUCACUGCUUCUUCAUGCUCAGGUGCUUCGAUGACUCUGUGCAUUAUUUUAAAGUCCCCUCGCAGACAAAUGCCGUGGCAACAAGAAAAAGAUGGCUGGAUGCUUUUGAAGAGCAUGCAUCCUACUGCACUCGCCACGACACUGAAGAGGUGAUUAUAGAUGAUGCUGCGGGUGAUGUGAGAGUGAGGAACCUUGAACAAGCGCUUCAGGCAGCCAGGGCCUUCCAGCAAAAAUUGGAGAGUGAAGUGUCAACAUUUCUGUCCAUGGCGAAGAAUGAGGAGAAUUAUGAGUUGACUGGUACACUUCUGCUGAAAGCAAAAGAGACGAGUGAACUUUCCAGUGAAACAUGCUCUGCUCUCCAUCUGUGCCUUGAACUGCUGUCAAAGCAAGAAGAGGUGUGGAGCCUGAAAGUAGAGCAGGAAGUGGAGAAGAACAAAGCUCUAACAGAAGCCUUGCAGACUUUGGCAACUGAGAACCACGAGCUCAAGCAAUCCUUGAGUAAAAGGCGGAAGUCCUCCAACCUUAGUACUCUCAAUGAAGAUGACUUCUAUGAUGCCGUGUCAGAGUCUGAGUCGGAGCACUCGCUGAGCGGCUUCCUGUCUGUGGCCAGUUACUCCUGCGAAGAGGACGAGGGGAGAGACACCCCCUUUCUCAACACCCUCCGCCGUCCCAGCGCAUACAGGGGGCCUUCCGGAAUGUCAGGGGAGGGUAACCAUGGCAACCAGCCAUCCCAGCACAAUGGAGUUAAGCACAGAACAUCUCUACCGGCUCCCAUGUUCUCCAGGAACGACGUGAGCAUCUGGAGUAUCCUAAAAAAAUGCAUUGGCAUGGAGUUAUCAAAGAUUGCCAUGCCUGUGGUGUUUAAUGAGCCUCUGAGCUUCCUCCAGCGGCUAACAGAAUACAUGGAGCACACCUACCUCAUCCACCAGGCGAAUGCCACAACAGACUCUAUCGAGAGGAUGAAGUGUGUUGCAGCAUUUGCUGUGUCAGCUGUAGCGUCACAGUGGGAGAGGACUGGGAAGCCCUUCAACCCCCUCUUGGGGGAGACCUAUGAGCUAAUCAGAGACGAUUUGGGCUUUAGGUGGAUGUCUGAGCAAGUAAGCCAUCACCCUCCGGUUAGUGCCUUUCAUGCUGAGGGCCUCAAGGAGGAUUUUGUCUUUCAUGGUUCCAUCUACCCCAAACUCAAGUUUUGGGGGAAGAGCAUAGAAGCUGAGCCCAAGGGAGUUAUCACGCUGGAGUUACCCAAAUAUAACGAAGCGUACACCUGGACAAACCCCACCUGUUGCGUCCACAACAUUAUCGUCGGUCAGCUUUGGAUUGAGCAGUAUGGCAGCGUGGAAGUGCUCAAUCACAAAACCGGAGAGAGAUGCAGCAUGACUUUCAAGCCCUGUGGCCUCUUUGGAAAAGAGCUGCAUAAAGUUGAAGGAUACAUCCUAGAUAAAAGCAAAAAGAAGCUCUGUGCAAUAUAUGGUAAAUGGACUGAAUGCCUUUACACAGUAGACCCUGCGACUUUUGAUGCCCACAAAAAGACUGAAAAAAAGAAUCCAGACGAAAAAAAGGGCAACAAACAGACCAGUGUCGAUGAGGAGCCUGAAGAGACGCCUCCACCUGAUACUGAGACUGUGCAGGUCAUCCCAGGCAGUGAACUCAUCUGGAAAAUAACGCCACGUCCGGAAAACUCAUCCAAGUUCUACGCAUUUUCGACAUUCGCCAUGCAGCUAAACGAGCUAGACAAGCGCAUGGAGGGCGUCAUACCUUCCACAGACAGUCGCCUCAGACCAGAUAUUUGCGCCAUGGAGAAGGGAGACAUAGAUCUGGCAAGUGCUGAGAAGAAGAGACUUGAGGAAAAACAGAGGAUGGCCCGGAAGAAUCGCACCAAAUCAACAGAGGAAUGGAAAGUGAGGUGGUUUCAACAAGGACCCAACCCACACAACAAAGCUCAGGACUGGCUUUACUUGAAAGGCUACUGGGACAGGAAUUACUCUCAGCUGCCUGACAUUUACUAAUAAGUUAAAAAAAACAAGGCAAAACUACAUACUGUACAGAUUUCUCACCUUUGGACUUCAUCUGCUAUACUGGGGGUCAUAAGCAACUAUGUAAUAGAGUAUAGAACAACAGCUAAUGUGUUGGUGUUCGGUUUGAACCCAGAGACAUAUAAUCCUCAGUAGGUCUGUGUGAGUAAUAAAGCACAAUACUUUCUUUCACUUAUUUAUUGUGGUUCUUCUUGACCACUUGAGAUACCGGCAUGUUCUAAAAAAAAAAUCUAGAAUGUAUUUUUAGAAAUGUUUCAUGUUGGAUAGACCGAGUGUUUAAAUAGCAGGCUGAGCUCUGUCUGUAGUUUUUCCGUAAUUCACAUUUGGUCAUGAAAACAUUUUCCUCAUUAGCUUCAGCAUCGAGAGGAGUGACGAUUCUUAAAAUCACCUUUGGCUACGAUUGACACUUGUGCAUACAUACUGUUAUGCAGUGCGAAGUAUUAAAAUAGGUCAUUUUGGUAUAUCGGCCUCUGUUUUCACUUCCUGUUAUGAGUGCUGCAGAUAUUUAGCGAUUAACUGAAUGUGUUACAAAUUUGCCUAAUUUGUAGACCUCUACAGUCAAGUGAAACUGUGUGUGUAGCUAUAUCUAACAGUGUAUAAGAAAGAUGGCCAGAAAUAUGACAGUAAGACUUGUUUGAAUAUCUGAUGAAAUAAACCCUAUACUACGUACUGUAUAGAUGUGUAUAGCAAUUAACAGCAUUGUGUAAGUCUACCUGGUUCUGUAAACAUAACUUUUUUUCUUAACUAUACUAAAGCAGGGACAUUGGUUCUUCAAUUAGAUUAGUGUGUGAGUGUGUUUGUGUAAAAGUCUUGAUAUAGAUUAGAAUAACUGGUGAUCGUCUUAGUACUAUGUGCAUUGAUAUAACUGAAAUCCAACUAUCUCAAACGCAUGUGCAUCACUACAACUAUGCAAGCCUUACCUCCUUUACAGUUAAGCACUGAAUAUUCAUUUCUCAUGUAACAAUAGCUGCUACAUGUAUACACUUUAGAUGUGUUAUCACUGUUUGGUUAUUUAAACAGAAUUUCUAUGUUGCUAAAUAAAAGCUUAAUGUAAA